AUGGGUCGAAAACUCGGCCUCUUCCGUGCCAUUUACCUGGUGUCUGCCAGUUGCAUGGGGUCCUUCGCAUUUGCCUUUGACACGGGCGUUAUUAGCGGGGUUCUGACACUGGAUUCCUUCCAGAAGGAUUUCAAGUACGGCGAAAAACAACACACCUCGGUCAACUCCAAUGCGGUCUCCAUCCUGCAGGCAGGCGCUUUCUUUGGAUGUUUUUUCACCAUGCCCGUGGCUUCUCGACUCGGUCGUCGAUCGGGGCUGAUUCUGAGUUCGCUGGUAUUCACCGUUGGGACUAUCCUGCAGGUUGUCAAUACACAUAUGCUGGGGACGUUCUACGCGGGGCGGGUGAUCGCGGGCGUUGGGAUCGGUGCCGCCACCGUUCUGAUCCCCAUGUAUGCGGCGGAGAUGGCCCCGAAGGAAAUCCGCGGUCGUCUGGGAGCGUGUUUCCAGUUGUUCUUCGCUCUGGGGGUCAUGAUUGCUUACUGGGUCACAUUUGCCGUGUCCAAAGACCAGCCAUCGGCGACCAAACAAUGGCAGAUCGCGUUGGGACUGCAGCUGCUGCCGUCGACUCUGCUCCUGGUCGGCAUGAGCACCGUCAAAGAGAGUGCCCGGUGGCUGGCUGCCAAAGGGUAUACCGACAAGGCGUGGAAGUCCCUGAAAUGGGUGCGCGGCGACGAAGAGACCGAGGAGCUGCAGCAGGAAUUCGACGAGAUCCUGGCCGGUAUCGCGGAGGAGACCCGGAUCAAGGAGAACCUCACAAUCCGGGAACUCUUUCUCCCUGUGAAUCGAUAUCGACUUUUUAUUGCCAUCACGAUCCAACUGUGUGCCCAGCUGACGGGCAACACAUCACUGGCAUACUACGCCAACCAGAUCUUCUCCGCCGUCGGGGCCGGCAGUUCCGCUAAACUGGUGACCGGAUUUUUCGGCGUGGUCAAAGUUGUGGGUGUCAGCGUCUUCCAGCUAUUUGUGAUGGACCGGCUUGGACGACGUGUGCCGUUCAUGGUCGGGGCCUUCGCCAUGGGAUCGUUUAUGCUUGUCAUCGCCUGCGUCCUAGCGACGCAUCCGAGCGCGAGCGGGGAACAAUCCAGCGCCACCAAUGCGGGCUUUGCGAUGAUCAUCAUGACCUACGCGGAGGCGUUUUCGUUCAAUAUGUCGUGGGGACCGUUGCCAUGGCUGUACGUUGGCGAGAUCUUCUCCAGUCGCACACGAGAGAUCGGAGUGGCAGUGGGAGCAGCUUCACAGUGGCUGUUCAAUUUCAUGAUGUCGCAGGUGACGCCACAUGCGAUUGCUAAUAUUGGAUGGCGAACGUUCCUGAUGUUUGCAAUUUUCAACUAUGGGAUAAUUGGGUAUUCGUGGUUCUUCUUGAAAGAGACGUCAAGGCACUCGCUGGAAGAGAUGCAAGAGCUAUUUGGACAAGCGAACAAACUACCAGAGGAAAGGGAAUAG